AUGAGUAAGGACGUGCAAAUCAACCCUUAUAUCAAUUACCCUGUUGACAAAAAGUCAAAACAGAUUGUCAACAAGGAGAUCGCAGUCGCCCAGCUUGGAAAAACAAAACUCAAAGGCGCCGAAGCAUUCAGCGAAGCAACGGCCAAUAAUCUACUGGAAAAACACUUGAAGAAGAAAGGAAAACCCGCUCCUGUCUACUUUCUAGUGGAUCGAAUACGUUUCAAGAAAAAGGGGAAUCAUGAAUAUCUAAGUUACAGAGAAAUACAAAAUUUUCACAAAUUCGAACACUACCCUAACUUGUUCAUGCUCUUCGUGGCUGAAGAGAAAAAAGGCAAAAGAUCUUAUGAAACCUACGCCUGUAACAACACGUCCGAUGUACAAGCGAUUCGCGACAUGAUUAAUGCUGCACACAACGAUCCAAAAAAGUUGCUGCAAGAUGUUGGGCUAACCAGAAUGCUUUCUCUAUCGUCAUCGUCAAGCUCAGAAUACUAUAUUGACAGCCAUCCACAAAGCAGACCGUCAUCACGUCAUAGAUCCACUCCGUAUGUUCAGCAAGAGCCAAUGGAAUAUGUAUACUUGAUGGAGCCGGAACAACCGAUUGUCUAUCAGAAAACAUACACGCGACCACAAAGUACGGCUUCCAGAGGCUCUGUUGCCCCACCUGGGGACGUCACAUAUUUGAGGUCAGAUAAUAUAAACGGACCACAGAUAAUGGACCGAGGACCUGUGUAUAUGUACGUAUCUCGCUCUAAAAGAAUCCACGCGGAUCCCACUAUACCGCACGUCUUUAGGCGCUGCUACGGCCGAGAAGCCUGGCCCGCUCGAGGUUGGCCCAAAAUUCGGGACGCUUGCCGGUCCGGCAUCAAGACGAGAUCUGAUUGGUCAAAAAUCUGGACCCAACAGCCAAUCAUGACCCAGUAUUGGCCGAAUGCCGGUUGCCAAUGGAGCUCCAGAACGCGUCAGAAAUUCCAGAAAGAUAUAGCCGCUUACGCUAUAUAUACCAAGCGCUGUACAACUGUUCCUGAGUUCGUUUUGGGCGUUAAUAGAACUGUUGCACCUUUGGUGUUUGUUUUUGACGUGAACGCCAGCUUGGGAGGCUCAGACCGAGAACUAAGCCGAGGAAAAUACCGUUACAACAGCCGUACAAGGAAGCCACGGCAUAUAGUAUUUUACAAGAACACAUGA